AUGCCUUUCCCCUACGGCCUCUUUUUGGUUGCCAUUGUGACGCAAACAGCAGCCCAGAGACAACCUGAUAUCCCUUACCAGGUUACUGCUGACUAUCCAGCCGGUUGUUAUGGAGGACCUGGUCCAGGGGAGGGAAGCAACAUUGCCGAGCUUCAAGCGCCUUGCUGCAUUUACAACGUGAAGGGAUACACA